GGGAACGUGCGCGAACCGACCGGGCCCGUAAAUCGUUCGUCGCCGCGACCGUUCAAAACGUCCGCGUACGUCCGACCGAUCGUUACCGCCCAACCGUCGUUGUCUCAGUCGCCCCGACCCGGUGCCAGCGGAUUAUCGGCCGGCCGCGCGCUACAACGCUCCGCGAACACACGCGCCCACCCGCCGACGUCCAGCCGGCCGACACACGCGCGCCCGCGAUGGCGUACACCACGUUCCCGGAGAUGCUGGCCGCGGACGGCUCGAUGACCGGACCCCUGGUGCUCGGGUUCGCCAUCGUCGGUUUCGCCGCCGUGCUGGCGCUGGUCUGCGACGCCGUCCAGGAGAUACUGUUCGGCGUCGUCGCGCACCUGUUGCCGCUGCUGUGGCCCGACCGCACGCCGCUGAACGUCAAGUACGGCAAAUGGGCAGUGAUCACUGGAUCUACAGAUGGAAUUGGGAAAGAAUAUGCCAAGGAAUUAGCCAAGCGAGGUCUUAACAUUGUAUUGAUAAGCAGGAAUAUUGAUAAAUUGCAUAAGAUUGCUUCAGAAAUAGAACAAGACUGCGGAGUCGACGUCAAGUCGAUCCAAGCGGAUUUCAGCAAAGGCCAGAUGGUGUUCGAUCACAUCGCCAAGGAGCUGGAGGGCGUCGAAAUUGGAAUACUGAUCAACAACGUCGGCAUGAACUACCCGUACCCUAUGUACGUUUCCGAGGUGCCGGACUCCACUUUGUGGGACUUGGUCAACGUGAACGUGGGCGCAGUCACGCACAUGACGAAACUCGUGUUGCCCGCCAUGCAGGGUCGGAAGCGUGGUGCCAUCGUCAACGUGUCGUCCAGCGCCGAGUUGCAGCCCAUGCCGCUGAUGGCCGUCUACGCGGCGACGAAGUCGUACAUAAAGAGCUUCACAGAAGCACUGCGAAUCGAGUACGCGGAAGACAACAUCACUGUGCAACACCUGUUCCCGUUGUUCGUCAACACGAAAAUGAACGCUUUCAGUUAUAGGCUGCAAGAGACCAGUCUGUUCGUGCCUGACGCCAAGAUGUACGCCGUGAACGCCGUGAACACGUUGGGCAUGGUGAAACACUCGACCGGUUACUGGGCGCACGGUAUUCAGCAUUUUUUCCUGAGACUGCCACCAGUGUGGAUAAGAACUUUAAUAGGAGAAUUUAUGACUCAUUCCUUUAGAAGCGAUUAUUUCUCGAGAAAAGGAAUGAAAGUGGAAUAACUUUUUUUACUUUAUAGUAGCUUAAUUUUUAUUUUUUUUUUAUUUGACGUUACACAUGUUAUGUAAUAUAUAA